GCAGUGCGGGUGCUGGCGGUGCGGACGGAGGCGGCGGCGGGACCAGCCCGUUCCCGGUGCGGAGCUCGGGAGCGGGGCCGGGAGCGGGCCCGGGCAGCGCCCGGCUCUCCUCACGGGGCUCCCGCACUGCCACCACUCCAGUAAGUGCCUCGGCGCGGGGCGGGGCUCGGCCCGCCCUGGGUGAUGCCCUUCCUUCCGCGCCUGCCCGGUGUGUGACCGCGCAGGGCACCGUCCUGCUCCGCGUCCCUCCUUUUUUUCCUUUCCGUUUUCCCUGGAAGGCGCUCGGCGGCGCGGGGCUCUGCGGCGCGGGGAGCCCCGGUGGCGCGGGCAGGGCGCUGUCACAGCCCCGGAGUGUGAUGUCCAGGGUCAGAAAUGCCUUAUGUGGAUCGCCAGAAUCGCAUCUGUGGUUUCCUAGACAUUGAGGAAAAUGAGAAUAGUGGGAAAUUCCUGCGGCGGUACUUCAUCCUGGACACACGGGAGGACAGCCUGGUGUGGUACAUGGACAACCCACAGAAUCUUCCCUCUGGAUCUCCACCUGUUGGGGUCAUUAAACUUACCUAUAUUUCAAAGGUUAGCGAUGCAACUAAGCUGAGGCCAAAGGCAGAGUUCUGUUUUGUUAUGAAUGCAGGGAUGAGAAAAUACUUUCUUCAAGCCAAUGAUCAGCAGGACCUAGUUGAAUGGGUAAAUGUUCUGAACAAAGCUACCAAAAUCACAGUACCAAAGCAGUCUGAUCCUCUCUGCCAAAUGGAUAAUGCAAAUCGUCAAGCUGAAAGCCCAGGUGGAAAGAAGCAAGUCUCUUACAGGACAGAAAUUGUUGGUGGUGUUCCCAUCAUUACACCCACCCAGAAAGAAGAAGUCAGUGAGGGCAGUGAAGGGGCUGACAGGAAUUAUUUGAAGCGGUCACAAAGUCACCUUCCUUAUUUUGCUGCUAAGCAUCCCCCAGAUAAUGCCAUUAUCAAAGCAGGUUACUGUGUCAAACAAGGAGCAGUGAUGAAGAACUGGAAGAGAAGAUACUUUCAAUUAGAUGAAAACACAAUAGGAUAUUUCAAGUCUGAACUGGAAAAGGAACCUCUCAGGGUUAUACCACUUAAGGAGGUCCAUAAAGUUCAGGAGUGCAAACAGAGUGAUAUAAUGAUGAGAGACAAUCUCUUUGAAAUUGUAACAACUUCUCGAACCUUUUAUGUGCAGGCAGACAGCCCUGAGGACAUGCACAGCUGGAUCAAGGCCAUUUCUGGGGCCAUCGUGGCGCAGCGGGGACCGGGCAGAUCGGCAGCUUCCAUGCGGCAGGCCAGAAGGCUGUCGAAUCCUUGUAUACAGAGGUAUACAUCAAGAACUGGUGAAUGCAGCACGAGCAUCCCGAGCCUUCUCCCGAGCCCGGCCAUGCUGUCCGUGCUGCCGGCCCAGCCGCAGGCAGCUCACAUUCCACAGCCCCUCCCAGCAGCCCUGUGGUCCCAGCCCCUCACCCCAAACCCUCUGCCUUGGAGAAGCGAGGAUUUCACGAGUCUUUUACCAAGGCCAGGCCAAGGAGCUACAAGAUCCAGGCUGUCGCUCCAAGAGAAUCAACUUCCAAAGUGACUGAACGGGGCCCCUGGGAACCCCGGAGCAAAAAUGGCACUCAGGAACAGGAUCCUGGCCUUGUGGAUCUGGAUGAUGCAAGCCUUCCAGUCAGUGAUGUGUAGGGAUGGAAGUGUUUGGAGAAUGAUCCAUUUGUUCGGUCCUUUAAUUUCCUUGCUUGGACUUUGAACCAAAGAAAAUUCCAGGAAAUGAGAACAAAACAAAAAAAAACCAACUGGAGCACUGCUGUUAUAUAUAUGUGUGUGUGUUCCUGUGCACACAUGGGUAUAUAUAAUGUGUUUGUGUGUUGCCUUUCAGCUGAGGGUCAGAGAUGGACCUUAGGUGUUUUCUCAAAGCCUGAUAGUAAAUCACUUACUAGGGAGGGGCCAAACUGCACAGUUUAGGAAAAAAAAACCCGACCCAAAAGGCAUUAAAAAAAAAAACAAACUUCUGCAAGUAAGCAAGAUACCAGCAACUUCUAAUUCCUAAUCUGGCAGAUUCACUAAAUUUGCAACUAAUGCUCUGUUUUGGAGAACUUGUUGCCAACAAAUGUGAUUAUUUAAUUUCAUCUUAAACUACAGUAAGAUUUUAGGCAUAUAUAAGAAUAUUUUCUCUCCGUGACUUUCGGAUACCAGGAAAUGCACAAAAUGUUUUUUCUGUUCUUUACGAUCAACAGUGUCAACUGAUUUGUUAUCAGAACAAGAAUUCUGAACUCCCUUGGAAUUCUAGUUAUGGUGCUGUAAAAUUUCCACUAAAAUAAUAUUUUGAAUAGUCAGCCUAUUUUUGAUGCACUCCUAAAGGUGGGUUAUAACUUUUUGCACAUUUGGGUUUCCGUGGACUGCAUGUAGUGGUGUUUUGGAGGCGGGGAGAAGAGAAUUUGGACUUUGGAAUUUGGACACUUUAGGUCUUUUUAACUAAGUAGGGUUUAUGUUGUGUUACAUUAGGCUUUGCAGCAAUUAUGUUUUCUUAAAUGUUUAAAUGUUAAUUGUUUGGUUACUGUUUUGAGAAUGAUUUCUUUCCCAGUGCUUUGUGAACAGUUCUUGUUCCUGUAUUGAUCAGUGGAAGAGCUCCUCUAGUUGUGUUAUUGGUACUGAACUGUUCCUAGUCCUGCAAUCGUGGCCUAUAACUUUUGGUGCACUAAGAAUCUGAAGUGCCUGUGUUUUCUCUCACACUGUUGAAACACUUUUGGGUUAGUGAUGUACACAGACCAUUCUUACUGGGUUUGAGCGUUGGCUUGGAGUUGCUCUGGAUAGCAUAGUUUGAAACAGCUCUUUAAAACAAGAUUUAUGCCAGGGGUACCAGUGUUCUGGUGUUGCACCCACUGCUGUGCAAUAUGUGUUCUUAAAAAGUGAGUAUUUGUUGUUUGUGUACAUUGUGUUAAUGGGGCAUCAGUGAUGCCAGCGAGGAGAACCUUUACAUUUCAAGUAUUGGAUUAGAUGGUGUGUACUUUUCAUCAUUUUUGGAAAAAAAUGUUUGCUUUAAUCCCAACCCCACAAAUAUCUCAUGCUGCUCUUACUGUGAUCCCGAUUGUCCAGCUUUGUGAGACUUUUUGUCUACUGGAACCUAAGAUACAUAUCAGGAAAGUCCAUCUUCUCUCCUACUUCCAAACUGACUUCCUGCUUGAGAGAUAUGGAUGGCUUUACCACAGCAAUUUGUUGAUCCCAGGACAGAAUAAUUGGUGUCAUGUAAGAAUGGAAUAUAGUUAAUUUCAAAAUCUUAAAUUAUAUCAGCACCUUCUUUUGGUUUUGGUUUAUUUUUUUUUUUUUAUCCAUAAGCUAACUAACCACUGUCUUAAGGCAGUGGUGUCUGUAAAUUACUGGUUUUGUUUGACUUUAGAUAUAUGUGAAAACUAGCACAGAAUUGGAAAUUACUGUAAAUGUCUGUACUAGUAUUGUAGGUUUUAAUUUCUAUAAAAAUAAACCAUUAGCUCUUCAAAAGCUUAUUUUUUCACAAGUACAUUCUGUGUGGAAGACACUUUGCAUUGUAACAUUUUUACUGUAGUCUAACAUCUGAAAUCACUUGCUCUGGUACAGCUUUCACACUGCAUGGUCAUUUUAUUAUAUUUUGGUAUUGGCAAUUUUACACAUUGGGUGGAGGUAAAGCAGCUCCAUUAUGGGACUUACAAAGAGGGGAAAAAGAGAAAAACGAAAAAAAGAAAUGAACUACUGUUGUAGUUCAGUAGCAUAGGGAAAUAGUUGUGGUUGGUCACUGUCAGGGUCUCCUAUUUAUCAGUACUUUUAUAAAUCUAUGAAAAUUGUUAAAUUAUUUUAGAAACAGUGCUGUAAAUACGUCACAUUUAAAUUGUCAAUAAAUCAGUUUGGGUAACUUAAAAUAACAUCUGGUUGAGUUUCUUUGUACCAUGACAGUAUUUGAUCAGAGCAAUAUAUUCUUUUUCAGCAUGCAAGAGGUCAGAUUGUCCUUUAUCCAGCCAUAGCAUCUUCAAAUCUAAUCAGGUUGUGUAGCCUAAGAAUGAAAUUGAACAGACUGAGCUGAUUUUCUUGUGCUGUUCUCAGUUUCUUCUCUGGAGGUUUUACAUAUUAUGCAAGGGAUAUUGAUGGAAAAGCAUCCCAGGGGAAGGAAAUGUAAUGUGAAUUUUCCUUCUUUAUUCUGAUGGAUCAGAAGGGUUCUCUCUCAGAGAUGCUUUCCUGAAAUACUAACUGGACACAAUUACCCAGAUUCCACUGCCACCACCUGGCUGUGCACUCUGCCCCUUCACUGAAGAGGAAACCAAGUUAUUCUGUAUGUCUACAGAUUUAAACCCACUGUGUUAAAAUAAAAUAUUUCCAGAAAAUGGAACUGCUGACUGCAGUGCACUUUCCUGGGGGCACCUGCUGAGGGGUGAUGCUCUAGGAUACAGUUU